AUGUCACUGGAGCCACCCACCUACCUCAGCUCCCUCCAGAAUAACAUUCGAGCUCGGCCAAUUCCGUGGGAGGGUGCCGUCCGAGCGGGCAACAUCACCGAUGACCACUUGAAGAAGAUCAAGGCGGUGGAUAAGGUGCGCAAGGACCAACGCCGCCAGACGAUAGAAGGGGAUCUUGCUGGAUACACAGAUCUGUUGGCCGGCGGCGCACAGGGAAAGAGUGUCUUGGACUCGGCCUCUCGAAGGACCGAUAUUGUGCAGUAUAUACUGGUGCUGGCCUCGGACUUGAUUCAAGAUGUGCCUUCUCUGGCCAACGCGCUUGUUUCCCACCCAGAACCGUACAAGCCCUUCCUACCGUUCCUGCAGCACUCGACAAACGCCGAAGACCCCAUUCCUCUGCUCACGUCCACCUUCCUCACGGCGCUCGUGUCGCACAGUCUAGUUGCUUCAUCUAAGCCCGCGCCGCGCGACAACGAGGCUCUCCCGCAGCUCUACACCUACCUCUCCACCUUAACUAAGAACCAGGACAGCGGGCUCCAGGAUAUUGGUGUCCAAGGAUUCUCGGAGCUGCUGAGAACAAGCCGAGCUCGAGAGAUCUUUUGGGCCCAACGUCAAGAGACCUUGGCCCCCUUGAUCGACACUCUUCGAGCUGCGGCGGGGGCUAAAGACAACGUCAGCAACGCAAGCACACUGGGAAGCAGCACUCGCAGCGUCGAGCCUGGUCUCGCCGGUGGUGUCGGCCUCCAGCUUCUAUACCGGGUGCUUCUUGUUCUGUGGCAGCUUGCGUUUGAGGGCGCUCUCGUUGGCGAGGAACUUCAAGAGAGCUAUGAAAUCAUCCAACUCUACAUCCACCUUCUGCGUCUCUCGCCGAAAGAAAAGACCACUCGCUUGCUUGUUGCAACUCUGUACAGUCUUUGCUCUAGCAACCGGACGACUCUGCUACCAAUCGCCGUGUUCCUUCGACUCCCUGCCCUCCUGACCAAUUUGGCUGGUCGUCACCUGACUGACCCAGACCUGCUCGAGGAUCUCAGCGCGCUGUCUUCCAUGUUGGAGGAGUACACCAAGACACAAACCACGUUUGACGAAUAUGCCGCCGAAGUUCAGACAGGCCACCUGCGCUGGUCGCCCCCUCACAAGAACCCGACCUUCUGGAAAGAGAACGCUCGCCGAAUCGUUGAGGAGUCGAACGGCGCUUUGCCCAAGAAACUGGCCGAGAUUUUGUCUAAGAGUUGGGAUAACGACAAGCAGGUGCUGGCUAUUGCUUGCAGCGACGUAGGGCAUUUAGUGAAGGAGGUUCCUGAACGCCGUGGGCAGUUGGAGCGACUAGGGCUCAAGACGCGGGUAAUGGAACUGAUGGUUGAUCAAGAUGAAUCAGUGCGAUGGGAGAGCUUGCACGCUUGGGGUGGACGGGCGUUCUCGCGCUCCCGGUUUGGUGCUUGCGUCGGGACAGGAGGCAUGCAGAGACUUGAAUAUUCACCAGGAGAAUUCAUCUACACUACCAAGACGGCGGUGCAGUCAGCCAGCGCCAGAACCGGAUCAGAUCUCACACUGUCGCAACCCGUCGAUCCUUUCUCGUCCUUGUCGUCCAGCCAAAAGGCCUUAUUACACCAUUUUAUCAACGAUGCCUCUCAAAUCACUGCGUGCCAUUCAGGCAUGCAGCAGGACAUAUGUCGCAUGUUGAUCCCAAUGGCUCUUCAGACUCCCUCCUUACUCUACGCUACCACGGCCCUAUCGGCAAUCCAUAUCCAAGCCCUACACAACCAGUCGGAGAGCGUAAAAUCUGCACCGGAUAUUGCCCGGCUAAUGGCUCUCAGUCUUGAACAUUUCCGAACAGAGCUGCAGAAUCCCUCAUCCAAGGACCCAGAGGCGCUGGUAGCGACGGCUCGGACCCUUUGUCUAGCUGAAAUUCAUUCCGGGGCGAUCAACCCGAACUCGUGGAGAGCACAUAUUGACGGGGCGAGGGCACUGAUGAGGGCGUCGGAUGCUGCUGGUGAGGAUUCCCUGCGGUCUACAAGCGGUUUCCGGCGGUAUUUGGAUCGUUGGUACUGGUCGAUCGUGUCGCUUACGGCACUGACGGGCAAUGGUCCACCCAUUGGAGAUAUCUCGGACUUUGCCUCCUCUGAUUUGAUGGGGUUGGGCGGGUCUCCUGAUUAUUUAGAUGACUAUUGGGGGUUCAGUGUGGACCUUGCAGCUGUCUUUAGGCAGAUCGGUGCUGCCGCCUGGCGAAGCCAUGAACUCGAGAAAGCUACUCAAGGCUUUGUUGCUGGAGAGAUUGACAGCAGUAUUGAGGAUGAUGCCGCGUCCUUGGAGUUUGCAAUUCGACAGCUCAUGAAUCGUGACUCAAGCUCGCAGCCCUCAUUUUACCCUAGGGCCGCAGAAGGCUUAUCUGCAGAGAGCGCGCAGCAGCUCCUGUUAUGUAAUGAGGCAUUCCAACACAGCGCGCUUAUUCAGAUCCACCGACGACUUCGGAAAACACCAACCACGUCGUCAGAAGUGCAACAGUCGGUCCAGCGUAUCCUGGAGUGCACCGCGCAGAUUGGGCCAUCGUCAGGUCUCUCGCCUUGGGUGAUGUUAACAACACCAAUCUUCAUUGCAGGCUGCGAGGCGCGUGGUCAAGACCGAGAUACAGUCAGGCAGUUGCUAUCGUCCUUGCAUGACACUAUUCGCGUUCCGAACGUUCUUCAGUCAUUGAGAUUCCUUGAGCAGUAUUGGUCCAACCAACUGAGUGAGGAAGAAGACUGGAGCCAUUUCCUCGAACGGAUGCAGUUCGAUUUCAUCCCUUACUAG